GUACUUGGAAGUAACGAAAAUAAUGAAACGACUAAAAAAUACAGUGGAAAGAAGAAAACGGAGGAAUUAAUGAAUUUCGCUAAGAAUAAUCAAAUUGAAGCAAAUGAAAAGAAACCACAUCGUUCACAGUUUCUUCAUCGUCGAAACCGCUUUAUAAGGGAACCAUUUGAUAUCGAUGAUAUUCUUGGAUUCAAUAAAGAAAACACUUUUGAACAAUUCGAAGAAAAAUUCGCGCAAUCAUCUCGCGAUAAAAGGAAAUUAUCAGUUGAAAAUACCAAAAAGGCAAAGAAACGACGAGUUGAAAAUAGGAAAGUGUGGAUUAGUGAAUUAAAGGUUUGUGGAUUAGUGAAUUAA